AGUGUUUGCUGUUCUCAGGCACGGGUGUGGGCCCCCAGAAGCCCGCCUUUCUAAUGCAAGACAGGGUUUGGAGGCACAGGGCAGGAUUCUUCUUCAGCCUAGGAAAAGAAAGCCCCGUUUCAAAAAAAGAAAAAAGGGUGUGUGCGUGUGCGUUGUUUGCAUUUUUAAAGUGCAGGAGAAGCGGGCCACCGCAUCGACCACACCUUUCCGCCCUGCACCCCAGAACAAAGGGUCAUCAAGCCGCUCAGUGUGGCCCAGGCUGCGCAGCGAGCAGCAGCGCUUGCAAACAAAAGGCCUCCCUGCCCAGCGCCCCAGCAAUCUUGCCCCCUGCAGCCGGAUGGCCAGACGCAGCCGUCCGCAGGUGCGGCGGGCCCGGCGGUGGCGCGCGCUCUUUGGCACGCGCACCCGCCCCGCACAAGCACCCUCCCGCGCAGCCCUCGGAGCCAGUCACAGGCAGGGACGUCCCCCUUCUCCGCGCCAAGGCAGGGAGGGAGGGAUGCUGGCUGCUCUCGCCCGGGCUUCGCUGCGUCGCCAGGCUCCGGCUAGGAGCAUCCCCGGGCGCGUGGGCUGCAAAGCAGCGUUUGGCGCGGAGGCGAGGGCUUUGGGGCGCAGGGCUUCCUUGUUGCGAUGGCACGGCGGGUGGAGCCGAUCUGUAGACCCACCGGCUGGGGUGUCUAGCAGAAGGUGCUGUGGUGAAUUUCUAAACUGCUAUGAAUGGUCAACUAAAUCCACCUUCAGAGCAUAGCUACUGGGACUGUCCAUCCAAUUGAAGAAAUCAUGGUGGAAGAAAGAUGAAUGGUGACUGCGUAAAAAAACAAGAUCUAAUUGAAGCUCAUAUGCAAGUAUUGAUGCCAGCCUGCUGACCAAAAAGGACAACUUGAUGGGGGAUUGUUUUGCCAAAAUUCUGAAAAUAUACAGUACUGCAGUUCAUUUAUUCUACUGAAAUAGCCGUAGAAAUAAAUUUUGGAAUGCCUGUAGUUGAGAGUUGCUGAUCUUCAAAAAAGGGACAUUUCCCAAGCACUCUGCGUGGAAGGAGUACAAAAGAUGCCAUCUAUCACCAGAACUUCAGGUGAGAACGGGAAUGCCAAUGAGGCCAAGAAGCGCUGCGGGGAGAUGGAGCCGCCACUAGCGUCCCCGGGGAAAGCCGCCGCCGCGGAGCCGGCGGACAGCAGCAGCAGCAGCAGCGUCGCGAUGGAAGGCAACGGGGGCGGCGUGGGGCAGCCGAGCACGCCGGAGCUCCCCUUGCAGGCGGCCUGCGGCCUCAGCUCCUCGCUGUGCUUCAGCUCGCCCGGCAGCGCAGACAAAGCACUGCCGCCGGAUCCCGACGCAGCGUCCCCGUCGUCCUCCUGCGGGAGCCGCCGCGUGGUGCAGAGCCAGUGGGAGAUCAACAACGCGGCCUCCGAGUCCGAGGAGGAGGAAAGCAGCAGCAGCAGCAGCAGCCGGGCGGCCCCGACGAGCGCGCACAGCCCUCCGCCGUCGGGCCAGCAGCUCGCCCCGUGCGCCGCGCAGCUCUCGGAGGAGCCGGACUUAGUGAUCGAGGUGUCGGGCCACCGGAUCCGGGCGCACAAGGCGGUGCUGGCGGCUCAGAGUGACUACUUUCGGGCGCGCGCCUCGCGGGACAUCCUGCGGGUGAAGGGCGUGAGCCACGCGGCGCUGCGCCUGCUGCUGGAGUACAUGUACACGGCGCGCAUGGGCGAGGUGCGCCACGACAACCUGGCCGAGGUGGUGAGCGGCGCGCGCGUGCUCCAGAUGCCGUGCGCGUUGCACUGCGCCGCCGAGGCCAUGCGGGCCCAGUUGCGCCUCGACAACUGCUUGCAGCUGCUGAGCCUGGCCAAGAAGCAGCGGCUUGCCGAGCUGCGCGAGGCUGCCUACCGCUUCAUGAGCGACCACUACCUGCAGGUGCUGCGGGAGCCCGCCGUCUACGGCCGCCUCAGCGGCGCCGAGAGGGACCUGAUCCUGCGGCGGCGCCUGGAGGCCGGCACGCCCUGCCUGUUGGUGGCCGAGGUGAGCGACGCCUUCGAGAGGCUCAGCGGAGGGAGCCGCCCGCAGAGCCGCGAGAGUAGCCGCCCGCAGAGCCCUUCCUCGGUGGUGUCUUUGGAUGAGAGUGGCUACCUGCUCUACAUCUACCAGGAGGCGGCCAAAGAGUGGAGGGUGUUGACCCGCCUGCCUGAAGAGGCCAACGCCAAGGGGUGCGCCAUGUGCGUUCUCUACAACUACCUGUUCCUGGCUGGAGGCAUCUCUGCAUCUUCCGGCGACCAACGGGCAAGACUCUCCGACAAAGUUUUUUGCUACAACCCCUUGACUGACACCUGGAGUCAGGUGAAGCCGAUGGGGCAGCCUCGCUCGCAGCUCAAACUCCUGGCCCUGGAUGGUUGUCUUUAUGCCGUGGGGGGCGAAUGCCUCUUCACAGUGGAGAAAUAUGACCCCCGGGCAGAUAGGUGGAGUCCGGUGGCUCCUUUGCCUAAAGGCGCUUUUGCAGUGGCGCAUGAAGCCACCACCUGCAAUGGGGAGAUCUAUGUAUCAGGUGGAUCUCUUUUCUACCGCUUGCUGAAGUAUGACCCUAAGCGGGAUGAAUGGCAGGAGUGCCCUUACAACAGCAGCCGCCGACGUUCGGCUGACAUGGUGGCCUACAAAAACUUCAUCUACAGGUUUGAUGUCAGCAGCAGUCGUGGGGAGCAGGGGCAGGCUGGGGGGGUGGAGGUCUUCCGCUACAAUACAGUGGCCAAGCACUGGAGUCAGUGUGCAUCCUUGCGCCCCAGCGGCAGCCCUGUCCAGCCUUUCCGCUGUGCUGCCUUGGGCACCACCAUCUUCUGCGUCAACCGGACUGGAAUGCUGUGCUUUAACCUGUCCCAGAAUGGUGAGGUGGAAGCAGACGGUGGAUUGAAAGGCUCCUUUGACACAGAACCGCUCAAGGCCCCAUUUGAUGUGAAAGGGGUCCUCCUCCCAUUUGUGCUUACCUUGCCAGAGAGAGAGAAAACAGUGGAGCCAGAGAGCUUGCUGGCGUUGUGAGAGGUGGCCUUUCCAAUAUACAGCUCAUCCUAGGGCCCAGCCCUGUUUAUUGAUGUUAGUAGUACAGGAACAUCACCAAGGGAAAGAUCAGAGGAGGUGAAUGUGGUCUUGUGUCCUCUAAAAUUCAGUGGUGGUGGGCUCUAUACAGGCAGCGGAGGAAAAUCCAGGGGGUGAAAAGUCAUCUGUGCUUUAUAUAGCACCUUUGUAGCUACAGAAGCUAGCUGAAGCCCACUGUUAGAUGUCCUUAAUUCACACAAUGCAUGCACUGCUAUGGAGGCUAAUUGUGGCGUCCCACCUAAAGUGUUGACCAGCUGGCUGCAACCGUUCUAAGCUUCCUAGCAUACUUUAUGUAGAAAAGAAACCACUUCUUAAUACCUAUAGAACCAGUCGGUGAAAAGCUGCUAAAAUAGAGUUAUUGUUGAGCAAUGUCCGUGCCACCUUCCAGUCUAGAGGUAUUCUGCAGCUGCCUACAAUUUUGGAACGAGAAAGCUUUUAAAAGGGAUUUCCAUGAAGGGGUUCUUUUGUACAUAUGCCUUGGGCCUAGGCUGGCCACUUUCUGAUCUUGGUUCUCUGCUCCCUUCUGGAUCCUUGGAGCGGAGUGGGGGGUUCCAGCUACCCUUUUAGGAAAAUUAACAGAAUAAAACCGAAAGUUUUCUCUGUUAAAAGAAGUAGUGUAGGAUCCUCUGGAUUACAAUGUUUUGUUUUUCGUUUGACAAGUUUAAUAGAAUCUUUAUUGAAGACAUGACAUUUGUGCAGCCUCAGGAAGAUGCAACCACAGUGCAUGAUUUUACAGAAGUCUGACAUAAAGGGCUGGAACUAUGUGUUUGCCUGAGAAGAGAGGAAAACUGAACUUAAAAGGGGUGUUUGUGUGAUCUAUUCAAUUUCACUUUGCUUCAGUUUUUAAGAUGUGCAUUUAUCAAAAAGGUUUGCUCUGCUUUGUUCUUAGCAGUGUUGUUUCUCAGUCAUGGUUUUGCAUUGUAAUGCUCAAGUUCAGAUCUUGGCAUAUUGGUGAAACUGAACAGGCCAGCAAAUUCAUGGUGGGGAGAUUUCCUUUUCCUUAGGUUCACUGCUGUUAACUUCAAGCCAAUGAAAAACAAAUGUGGCUUUCUUGAAGCACACAAAGAAAUGCUCCAAUUUUAUCAAGAAAUAGCUUUUCCAUUGUACGUGUCAGGAGCUAAGGGGUAUUUUCAUUCUGUUCUAAGAGCACCCAAGGUUGGAAAACAGAAUAAUUGUCACAAAUAAUUCACUUGCCUAGUUCAUUACACGACACUGAGAAAAUAGUUCAUUACAUGGGCAGGACAUAUACUUUUGCUUCCAUCCUAAUUCUUUUCCUAAACAAUCGCUUACCCAGCAGUAUGUUCAAAGAGGAAUAGCUUGUUGGAAGUUACAGCAUCUUGCUUUCCACAUUAUAUGAAGUUGAAUCAAAACAAAUAAUUACAGUUCACGUUUAAUUUGAAAUGUUCACAUGUGGAAACAAGGAUCCAAAGAAGGACUCUCGCCUGUUGGCUGUUUGAUAUCUUCCUGUUUUAAACUGCUCUUGAAUAUCCCCUUACUUCCAAAGGCCAUUUGUCUUGCAGCAAGCAUCAAAACAAGGAUCUCAGUGUGAUCCUAAGAAUGCUUUUCUGGGUAUGAGCCCUAUUGAGUAGACCUGAUUAGGUCCGCUUAGGAUAGCACUGUUACAUUAUACUCCCAAGUGCCCCUUCCUGGGAGCAGGACCUUUUAAAUCAAAUGGGACUUACUUCUGAGUAGGCCUGCUUAGGAUCCCUUUCAUAGGUCCCUUCAUUUUCCUUUCUCCCUCAGAUUAUGGUUUAUGGACUCUAGAUGUGGAUUUUUAUGUUGGAAACUCUGGUAUGAGUUUAUAUCCAAACACUCUUGAGUCUGUGGCAUGUUACUGAAAAAUAGGUCCCACUCUGGGAAUUAGUUUCAAGUUAGUGAGUGAAUAACAGUCAAUUUCAACAUACUGGCUGUUGUGGGUUUUCCAGGCUAUAUGGCCAGAGUCUGGUAGUUCUAGCUCCUAAUGGUCAUUCACAUUUAUGGCUAGCGUUUUCAGAGGUAUGUCACUGUAAGAUGUGUUUCUCUCCAUGGCACAGUCCGUACUAUGCUAAUCACUUAAUAGUGGAUUUUGAGGGGCACACUGUACUACAGAGAUAAAUUUUACCAUGACAUGCCACUGAAGAUGGCAGCCACAGAUGCGGGAGAAACGUUAGGAGCUAAAACCACCAGACUGCAGCCCUACAGCCUGGAAAACCCACAAGGGCCGGUUGAUUCUGGAUGUGGAAGCCUUUGACAAUAUACUUUUGAAAUACAUUUUCCUAUCAAUCUCGGGCAGUCCGAUCCAGAUGCUGCCACAGCUGGGGAUGGCUCCACCACUAUGCCACUGCGCCAACUCAAGAAGACCUCCUGGAGGCAGUGAAGAUCAUCAAAACCCCGGUUGUCUGAAAGCUCUCCAUGGCCCAAAAUGGACUUAUGCCACCAGAGUCUAAGAGCUUCACCAGGCUGAAAGCCCAGUGGAAGAUGACUAAAGUUGAUUCCGCUUCUGGGAAUGCCCUCAGAACACUCCAGCCAUGCUGGUGUCAUCCUGGAUGUCAAUGCUGCUCUGGGGGCUGGGCUCUCUUCCAGGCCUGGUUUUGUCAAGGUUACACUGCCUGCCUGUCUGCCUCCCAGUUUGCUCACCCCGUUGGUGUAAGUGUCACAUACGCUGACGGCAUGGACAAACACACAAGUGCAACCCUGCACUUAUGUUCCACAAGCCCAUUCUCUCUCUCUCUCUCUCUCUCUCACACACACACACACACAAACAAACCCCAGAUUGGGCUUAAAGUCUGAGCUGAUAACCUUGUUAGCGUGUAGCAGCAGGAGUGCAGUAGAAUGCAUUUUACCAAAGUCUCUAAAGUGCCACUUCGGUUCAACUCCCAAGUGUAAGCUUUCAAACAGAAAAUAUUUUUAAAAGGUGUUUACAUUUUUUUAUACCUAUAAACCCAAUAGAUUAAUUUGCCAUAUUGAUUUUUUAAACAUUACCACAGAUAAAGAUUUUUAUUUAGAAAAAAUAGAUCUGAGCAACACAAUAGUCCGGUUCUACACUGGGCACAGUGCUCUUGUAAAAAGUUUCCCAUGAACUUGGUAGAGUCCUGUUUUCCCACUCCCUCUGCCUGCAAAAAAAGUAAAGAUGCAAGCACCAGUCAAUACUGAUCCACGGCAGGACGUCCUAUCACAAUGUAAACUAGGCAGACUAUGUUUGAAAGGUAGUUCUCUUCUGUAGCCUCUGCCUGUCCAAAAAUACAAACACGUGCAGUGGAAUUUUUUUAAAAAAUAGAGCUAUAGAAGAUGUCUUCUCAUCUGUCUGCCCAGCAUCCCCCCUCAAGUUAUUCCUGCUAAUUGGAGGAAAGAGAGUGGUCUGGACUGAGGCAUGAAGGGAGGCAAACAGACAUCAUGCUUCUUGUGUUUGUGCUCACGUGCAGCUGAGGAGGACAGGCAGGGGAACAAAGGAUUCUGUGCAGUCUGGCGAGCAGCCUUCAUGCAUGGGAACUACACUCACAGUGCAGCUGGACCAUGCCAGUAUUUAUGCUAAUAAUGAUUCAGCAAAAUUGAACUUUGGCCCUGCUGCUUAUAGUGCAUAGAAGUUUUAGUUCGAAGAAGGGCCACUGAAGACACUUCAACUGAUUGGCCACAGGCGGCUCUGCCUCGCUCUGGCACUGAAGCCACGCCAGACAUUCUUUGGCUUUCCGUGGGGAAAGCAAGAAGAAGCGGCACAAGAGGAAGUACAUUGGGACAAGAAAUCUUGCCCCGGCGCACUUCCUCUCUUGGUGCAUGGUAGGGAGGAAGCGCUUCGGGACAAGAUUUCUUGCCCUGACACGCUCCAGCUGCCAGCGCGCAGCAGCUGCCCUGUGGGUUAUUGGCUUUCAUUUUGUUAAAAUGUCACCUUUUUGCUGCCAAUUCAUAAUCUCAGAGGGUUUUCAAGGCAAGAGACAUUUGGAAGUGGCUUGCCAUUGCCUGCUUCCAUGUUACAACCCUGAUAUUCCUUGGAGGUCUCCCAUCCAAAUGCUAACCUGGGUCAGGGCUGAAAGUGUGUGACUGGCUCGAGGUCACCCAAGCAAGUUUUCAUAGUAGAGUGGGUUUCCUUUGUCCUAACAGGGUUUCCCUUGUCCUAACAGCAACAAAACAUACUUCAAGAUCAAUCUGUUGAUGGACAGACAGGAAAUGAAUGGACAUUUUAGAAUUGGCCAUAUAUUAGGUUUUGGGAAUACUGUCAAUAAGCCAAAAAAAGUUGAGGGACAAAUAAAAUCUAUUGCAAUAAUAUAUAAAACCCUAAUAAAAUAGUUCUGCUUUAAUAAGUAUGCAAGAUAUAUUCGUUGAAAAGUAAGAAUAAAAAUAUACAAAUAUAAAAGUAAAGUAUGCAAACCAAGGUGAAACAAUAGUUAGAUUUUUUUAAAAAUGUUGACCAAAUGGGUUUAAAGAAAGCAGUUCUCUUUAGUGGUUUCUAAAAAUGAUAUUGAUUCUUAAAAGAACAGAUGUGAUAAAACUGUCAAGAAAAUAAAUAUAGUAUAUAGUUGGACUAAGGCCAUUCAAUCAUGCUUUACAGCCAUUGUUCUGGAAAACCUAAGGAUGUAUAACAAUGAACAUUUUUAAAUCUUGUGGCAUAUUUUAAUCAAAAAAUUUUUUUCAAAAUUUUGUUAAGCAAAAUAUUAAAAAUAUUUUUUACCAACCAUUAUAUACUAUUUCCAACGUAUGAUAUACAAGCAACUUCUCUAAAAUACCACCUACUGAUAGUGGGAGAAUUGUGUUGGCAGAUUAAUGAUAACGAUAACAUCCGCACAAAUACUACGCCAAUACAUUACAACUUCCUAGGCCUGUGGGUGAGGCUCAAAUUGUAGUGAAAAGCCAACAAAAGAACUGGCAGCUGGGAUAUCAAAAGUAAUAAUUGAUAGCUCCUAGAAGAAUUUUUAGAAGCAAAAUCACCGCAGUUUUGUAUGACAUUGAGCACCAAACAAGGAAUUCAGAUAGCUUACAAUUUAAAAACGGUUUAAAAUUGUCAUAUUAUUAUAUUCAUUUUAAUUUUUUAGUUUCCUUGGUGGCCAUUGUAAGGACAGAUGUAAUUUUUUUUAAUAAAUAAAGCAGCAGAGUUAAGGGUAGAGAAAUUGCCCAGUAGGCACAAAAGUUGCUCGCACACAUCCUAAGUGCCAUCCAUCCAAAAAGGUCUGGAACCCAAAUUGUGGUUUCUCACCUCCAAGUGGAGCUUGGAGGUGCCUCAGAAUGAAAACUGAUCUCCAGGCAACACUGACCAGUUUCCCUGAAGAAAAUGGCUGCUUUGGACAGUGGACUGUACUGCAUUACAUUCUGCUAAGGUCCCUCCCCAAAUCCCGCACCCCCCAGGAUCUAUCCCCAAAUCUCUAGCAAUGUCACAACCUAGAGUUGACAGUCCUAUUCAAAAUAAAUGUUGUCAGUCUAAUCAGCCAUAGCCUCAGUCUAAAAGGUCUGAGGGCUAAAUGAUUCUGUGGAGAGAACUCCUGGUAUGUUUUGGCCAAAGAUCUCAAAAACACUCUUGAGAUUUAAAAAGAAAAAUCAUGUGUUUUAGAAAUUUAUUUUAAUUAAAUUUAUCCACUGAAAUAGGUAUAAUGAAAUCCAUGUAUUAAGUGCAAUUCUAAGAAGAGUUAUAGGAGCCCUGUGGCGCAGAAGAGUAGGCUGCUGUACUGCAGUCAAAGAGCUCUGCUCAUGACCAUGUUUGAUCCUGGCAUGAUCCUGCCAGAAGUCAGUUAGUUUCAAGUAGGUGGCUCAAGAUUGACUCAGCCUUUUAACCUUCUGAAUCAAUAAAAUAAGUACCCAGCUUGCUGGGGAAGGCAAUGGCAAACCAUCCUGUAAACAAAGUCUGCCCAGAAAACAUUGUGAUGUGGUAUCACCUCACAGUAAUGUGCUUGCACAGGGGAGUAUCUUUACCUGUUUAAGGGGAGUCAUAGCCUAUUGAAUUCAGUAGAAAGGUGCAAUGUUAGACAAGUAUUGUUGAUCCAGCUCCUGUACAGGAGUCCUCUGCUGUAUUGUUGUAUGCAAGAGCUUCUUUCUGCCUAUUCUCUUUCCCAUGGCAGCUUUCCCAUGAACUGAGUACUACAAAGGGCUAAGCAGUUCACAGUGUCUAUAGAAGACCAAGUGGAUUGUCCUCCUAAUGUUGUCAAGGGUGGGCCCAAAGAAACAACAGCGCAGUCCAGAGCUAGGGCAUACUGGGACAGCGCCACUUGAGCACCACUCUGCCUGUUCCACAGGUCUUUGCCACAGCAUGGGAAGCCCAAAAAAGUGUGAGUUUUAAGAAAAAGUCUCCAACUCUCCCAUAGGGGAGAAUAGAAAUAGGCUGUGAAAAUCGUGGCAUAUUUCUGCCAGCAACUCCACCAGUGUAUGGGGGCCGAAGGGGGGGGGGUGUCUAGAGGCUGACUAAGGUUGGUACCACCCCCUGGAAUGCUGGCAUAGCAGGAGCAGAGUGCAAGCGUGGUGUGAAACAAGGUGUCGCAGCUGGCAGACAACAAAUGUGUACCUCUGCUGGUGUAAGUGCCCUGGAGAGGGCAUUUACACAUGCAGAAGCCCACACUGCAUCCAAAGGCAUUGGAUGCCUUUGGCAUCCCCCCCCCUGCCCCCCAGGGAUUGUGCUGCAAAUUAAUUCACUGAAUUGUUGAAAAUUACAUACAAUCCAUUUCUCUCUGUAGGGUAUGUUUUGUACCCAUCAGCUAAGAUUGAUCUACGUACAACUGAUUGCUUUAUGUCACAAGCAAGGAGAAAAUCAAAUGUCCUGUAGGCUGUGGAAUGCUUUUUAAAAAUCAAAAACAUGCCCUGAUGUACAUGACAGGACACUGAAUGACAACAUGUAGUUUCCUGAAUAUUCCUGAACAUGGAGCCUGAUGUAGCCCUUUCAUAAAGUUCUACUGAGGACAUUUUAAAUACCUAAUAAUGUUUAAAUUGUGCUGUGGAUCAGAACCAGGAAGUUGCCGAAGUUAUUUCAUUUGCUGAAUUAACCCCCCCCCCUCGCUCAAUUCCCCCCCCCCCCCCGCUCAAUUCCCCCAAACCUUUAAAUUGUGCCCUGGCUCUGCCAUGUAACAGCCUUCCUCUGUAUAUUCAGCAAGCAUUUAUGUAUAGCCCAUUCAUGUAAAAAAAAAACCUGUAAGCAGAUUGGAUCAAAACUUUUACAGAUAUUGUUUCCAUCUCCACAGUUUCAUACAGUCCAGAAACAGAUGUAAAACUCUAAUGCUGCAACAUGGGUAAAAUUGCAUUUUCUUUGAAGUCAAAGUGAAACACAUGAGUUUUUCCCAUACCAUAAUCUGGACUUAAUUACAAGCCAUUAAAUGUAGUUUCCUUUAUGUGAUGUCCUCAAAAUCAUAUCCAGAUGAGCGACUUUUCUGGCAACGUGAUAAGGCACUCCUUAAACUGAUUUCAAAGUUUUAGGUGCCCCUAUUUUCUAGUACACAGACCCUAGUAACCGGGGUUUUCCUCAGGAGUUUUAAUUUCAAUUUCAAGCAUUUUGACCACACAUAAACAGUGAAUGGAAAUCACAGUGAGCAAUUAGACUAUAUGGCUUCAGCAUCAUUUCAUACAAAUCCAGGAAGCUCCACAAAACCUUUCACAGAAAAAGCUGGGAAAGGAGUGACCUUAUAUUUGAUCUAUCAAAGACUCUUCAUGAAAUUGUGUGGGAGUGAUGCUAAUCAUACCUGUUUAAUGAAUAAAACUACUGUGUGGUAUCUAAUGACUAUUCUAUGCACAACAAGUUCUCUUGUAAAUAAACACCUGAUACAAUUUCAGUUGCUAAAAAAGAAUAAAUUAUUCCCAUUAAAAAGCACCUCCCUCUCCUGCUUUGGGUUAGCAAUCAGAGGAAUUGUAUUUUUGUUCCCUUGGGCCUUCAACUCAUGAAUGGUUUAUUAUUGCUAAAGUUAUUUUUCUCCUCAGUGACAUUUAAUUUGAAGCAGUGAACACUUAAUUCUGGAUUCUUAUCUGCACAAUGAGCUUGCAGAGGGCUCUCCUCACAUUUCUUCUUUACACAUGAGGAGGCAGCCCAGUGCCUGCCGUGCAGCUGUUUCCUGAAGUCUCAGUCGGCCUCUCCUUUUGUUGCUUCUCUUAACUCUGCCCAUCAGCAACCUUAAAGGCACAGAUUUUGCUGAUAUUCCCUUCCCUUCCCCUACACACAAACACCCACUCACUCUCACUGCUGCUGCAAAAGAGAGGCAUAUUUUUUUUAAAAAAAGCUUCUCUGAAAGAAAGUUUUAAAAAUACCCUCCCAAUCAUUGGCGAGGACAGAAGCAGAUCAGGUUAGGUGAAGCCAGAAAGAGACUCAGCUCGAUAUUGAUGUAUCAAUAAAAGCAUUUAGAGAAGCAAAAAGGAGUUGGCAACCGGGAGUAGGGCAAGGGGGAAGCGUGCAAAGCAUCAUAAGAGAAUUGAGGGUGGGGGAGAUGACAUGCUGGCUGUCAGCAAAGGGAAGAGGUCUGGGGCAAACCUGUGCCCACUGCCAACUGUGCCCACUGCCCAAACCUGUGCCCACACCCACUGCUAAAAGUGGUCCCUAGCAGCAGGUGAAGGUCUGGCAUGAAGCAGAUAAGACUUUUUAUUUAGGUUCUUUCAAAACAAUUGUCUUCUGGCUGGAAUUGUGGAUGUCUAUGAGUUUAAAAAAAUGAUGUGACUGAUACUGCUCAUGUACUGCAUUAGCAAUCUCAUGGGGGGAUGCUACUGAACAACGGUUCCUUCUUAUGAUUGCAGAAGCAUUUGAAGGGCAUUGGUAGAAUAAAGCAAUCUUUUUGAAGGGCAAUACUCUGUCUUUACUCCAGCAUCAAACUUACAUUAUUUCUAAUGUGUAAGCACAGUUGAAUUGUGACAUUGAGAUCCCUUCUGCACAUGCAGAUGAAUGCACUUUCAAUCCACUUUCAAUGAACUUUGCAGCUGUGUGGAAUAGCAAAAUCCACUUGCAAACAGUUGCGGAUUGAAGUGCCCUAUUCUGCAUGUGGAUUGAAAGUGCAUUAUUCUGUAUGUGUGGAAGGGGCCUUACUUGUGAAUUCCUCGGAUAAGCAGAUAGCAGAAUAGGACCCAAGCUGUAGAAGAAUGCUUUGUAAAAGCCUGUUCAGAUCCAUUGGAAAGCAAUACUUAUUUCAGCUAGGGAAAAGAUGGCACUUGUCAAAUUAAUCUAGAGUCACCCCAUGAAAGGCAACAGUACAGCAGAGUAAAUAGCUUUUGAGUUAUUGACCUGCAGGGAAUUUAGUCAUAAAGAAUUUAAUUGACUUCAGUGAAAUUCCUGUUAGUGUAGGUUUUAAUGGAAUGAGUUAAUGAUUUUUAAAGUCACAACGGCAGCUGCAGUCAAAAGAACAAAAUGGGCAGCUGUGGAGGAGGAACAACACCUCUCAUCCCAUGCUCAACAGUGUGUCACACCACACUGACAGCUUUUAAAAUUUGAAGUGUUUAUAAGUGUAGUUUGUGGAAGUCUGUGGGUAGAAAAAAGGGGGAUGCUAUAGGGAGAUAAGAGAAAACCUCUGGCCCUAGCAUCAAGGAUUAUGAUGUGUUUUGAUACGUGUGUUCUACAUGUAAAAAGUAAAUUUUCUGUUACUAUUUUUUGGAAAUAAUUUGCAUUAAGUUCCCCAAGAACAAAAUUCAUAGUCUAAACAAUAGACUAUUUCUGCUAAUGUUUUGGCCUAUCAAGAACUUCCAGAAUUCUGCCAAAAUCAAUGUUAUAUCUCAUGAUUUAUUAGCUCUCACACACUGCACAGAAUUCAGCAUUUAUCAGUCAAUAGUGAGAUUCUGUCUUCAGUGAAGUCACAGUAAAAAAGAAUAACAUUUCAUCCUAGGAGAGCGAGAGUAUAAGUAUGAUGAAUAGGUUUCCUUUCCUGUUGCUGUUUUAAUUAUCAAAAUAGUAAUGGGUAGACAAGAGGUAAAAAUUGGUUGUACGUAUCUAGCAGGUAUCUGCAGAGUAACAUACUGAGUUGGAUUUAGUCUUUUCAUUCAUUCUUAUUCCAAUCCCCAUUUUACUAUAGCUCCUGCUCCACUUGGCUUUUGUAGAUGUGGGUCCCAUGAUUCUCAAUAUAGUCUUUUUAUGGUCGAAAAGGUUUCAUUUUUCAGAAUGCUGGUUUGAUCCAAUCCUUUGUUUCCCUCUUUUUAAAGCCAUGAAUAAGAUGAUUUGAAGUUCCUCAGUGCACCAUGGCUCAUUAUUUUCCAAAGUAUGUUGACCAUCUAGUUCAUUAUGUGUUAGACUCUUCAGACAAUCAUACAGUUCCUUUCAACAACUUCUUCAGAUAAACAUUGCAUGCUAGACUGCCUAGGGUGCCAUUAGACAAUUGUGUGCAAUAACUGAAAAAGUAUUUCCAUAGGAACAGAAAAAAGAGUCUACCCUCCACCCUGCCAUCAGUCCUAUGGGAUUGUCUUUACAAUGAGACUAUUAACACAUGAUAAAUUGAAUGCAGGAUUACUGCCAACUGUGUCAUCAUAAGGCCUGUUCUAUUCUAGGCAGUUCUGAACACUUGACCUGUUUUCCGACACAAUCCAGCCAGUGUUCAACACAUGGCUGAUACACUUAAAAUAAUAUCUUAAACACUGUUAGCCCUACUUCUCUCUGCCUCUCUCUUUUUAUUGUGAUAGAAUCACAUCUUGGAUACUAUACAUUAAUGUUUCAGGAAGCUGGCUUGGUAUUUUGUAAUGAUUGAAUUCCUAAUGGCAACAUCUGGAUAAAUUCUUCCCUCCAGUGACUGUGCUGAUGCUGCCACUUAUCACCAAUUCAUGCAAAUGCUUUGGACACUGUGCACAAGUCAUGUAAACGACAUGCAGAACAAAUGUAAUUUGUUACUGGUCUGUUUUUAAAUGCACAAGCAAACAAAAAAUCUCCAUAAAGCUUUUUAUGUACUUUGGCCUAUGCUGUACUGGAAUAAAUACAAACAAAAAGCAAAUGCUCCUUCA